GGUCGUCUCCGUCCCGGAAGAAUGCUUUUAAUCGACACUAAGGAGAAAGUGUUUGCCAGAGAUGAAGAACUCAAACUGACGAUUGCCCGCAAACGUCCGCUCGAGAGUUGGCUUAAAGAGUUGAUUACGUUGGAAGACCUGAGGGGCGCCCACUUGACUGCACUCAAGGAGUUUAGACGACGUGCUGUCCUAAUGGAGGGCCGCAGCGAAGAGGACGUUCACGGGAGGGCCAAAGUGCUGGAGGACAGGCGUCUGGCGCUCUUUGCUUACACCACCGAAACUAUUAAUUUACUGAUUCUGCCAAUGGUUAAGACCGAGAAAGAGGCGUUGGGUUCGAUGGGAAACGACUCCCCACUGGCCUGUCUCUCAUUAUGUCAACCAUUAAUUUACGACUACUUUAAGCAACUGUUCGCUCAGGUGACUAACCCUCCCAUCGACCCCUUCCGGGAGAAGGUAGUCAUGUCUCUCGCCUGUCCGGUCGGACCCGAAGCUAAUAUUCUGGAGUCAUCGGCCGCGCAGUGUCGGCGCCUAUGGCUCGAACAGCCCGUCCUUUCCAUCAACGACUUAGAGAUAAUCAAAGAAACGAAAUAUAAGGGUUGGAAAACCAAAACAAUUGAUUGCGUUUUCCCCAUACAUGAGGGAAAAUCGGGACUUUUAACAGCUUUGGACCGCAUUUGCGCCGAAGCCUGCGAUGCGGCCAAACAGGGCUACACUUUGGUCGUGUUGAGCGACCGAAAAGCCGGCUCUAAGUUUGUUCCCGUCAGCGCAUUAUUGGCGUUGGGAGCGACCCAUCACUUUCUAAUCAAUGCCAGACAGCGUAUGAAAGUGGGUCUCAUUCUGGAGACGGCAGAAGCCCGUGAAGUGCAUCACAUGUGUGUACUGUUGGGCUACGGGGCCGACGCUAUUUGUCCGUAUCUGGUCUUUGAGACAAUGGCCGCCCUUCGAGAGGAAGGUUUGCUGCAAUUGAGUGACUCUCAGAUGUAUAGCAAUUAUGUGGCGGCAAUGGAGAGAGGGAUCUCGAAAGUGAUGGCAAAGAUGGGUAUCUCAACCCUCCACUCCUAUAAAGGCGCACAAAUCUUCGAAGCGGUCGGACUCGGAGAGGAAGUGAUUGACAAAUGUUUCAAAAACACGGCUUCACGUCUGGGAGGCGCCAACUUCGAGGUGUUGGCCAACGAGGCCUUAGAGCGACACAAAAUCGCUUUCCAUCCCAAGUAUUUUUUGGAUUCUCUGAUUCUGAGAAAUCCGGGUUUCUAUCACUGGAGGGCUGGCGGCGAAAAGCACAUCAACGACCCGCUGGCCAUCGCCAACCUUCAAGACGCGGCGGUCGCCAACUCUGCCAACGCAUACAAACAGUUCGUCGAUAUAACCAACAGAGCGGUCAAAGACUGCGCUCUGAGGGGUCAACUGGAACUGAUCUAUUCACCCAGGCCCAUUCUGGUCGCCGAUGUCGAACCAGCCGUCAAUAUUGUCAAACGCUUCGUAACGGGUGCCAUGUCUUUCGGAUCGAUAUCAUUUGAAGCGCACACCACUUUGGCUAAGGCUAUGAAUAGAGUCGGCGGCAAAUCAAACACCGGUGAAGGCGGUGAAGACGCCGAGCGGUGGACUGUCAGGGAUCCGCUCAAUAACCAGAGAUCUGCUAUAAAACAGGUGGCGAGCGGUCGGUUUGGCGUUACGGCCGCCUAUUUGGCCAACGCUGACGAACUGCAGAUCAAGAUGGCUCAGGGGGCCAAACCCGGUGAGGGCGGCGAACUGCCCGGACAUAAGGUGUCCGUAGAGAUCGCCAAAACACGUCAUUCCGUUCCCGGCGUUGGUCUCAUAUCUCCGCCGCCACACCACGACAUCUACUCUAUUGAAGACUUGGCUGAACUCAUCUAUGAUCUCAAGUGUUCGAACCCGAAGGCCAGGGUUUCAGUCAAACUGGUCUCCGAAGUCGGUGUCGGUAUUGUUGCCGCGGGUGUUGCGAAGGGAAAGGCAGAGCACAUCACUAUUUCUGGUCACGACGGCGGGACCGGCGCUUCUUCUUGGACUGGCAUUAAGGGAGCGGGACUUCCCUGGGAAUUGGGUAUUUCAGAGACGCAUCAGUUUCUAGUGGCCAAUGAUUUGCGUUCAAGAGUUGUCCUCCAAUGCGACGGACAGAUAAGGACUGCUUUCGAUGUAUUGGUGGCCGCAAUGCUCGGCGCCGAUGAGUUUGGCUUUUCGACGGCACCUCUGAUAGUGUUGGGCUGUAUAAUGAUGAGGAAGUGUCACCUCAACACAUGUCCAGUCGGUGUCGCCACUCAAGACCCAGAGCUGAGGAAGAAAUUUGAGGGAAAACCAGAAUAUUUAGUGAACUAUUUAUUCCUAUUGGCGGAAGAGAUUCGACAAGAGAUGGCAAGACUUGGAAUCAGAAAAUUCCAGAAUUUGAUUGGAAGGACAGAACUCUUGCGAUUCAAACCCGACGCCCAGAAUCCGAAGGCCGGUCUUCUGGACUACACAAUGAUUUUAUGUAACGCUUUGUCUCUAAGACCCGAAACCAAUAUCAUCGGCGGAUCUGUUGCUCAAGACUUCCAAUUGGAGAACAGAUUAGACAAUAAAAUAAUUUCGGCGGCGAAAGAGAUUUUGGACGGAGACUCACAGAACUCAAUAGAAAUGUCGUUUUUCAUCACAAACACCGAUCGGGCGUUUGGGGCGACUCUUAGCUAUUAUAUCGCAUCCAAGUUUGGAGAGAAGGGUCUCGACAAAGAUCUCAUCAAAAUUAAUUUACAGGGAUCUGCCGGACAGUCAUUCUGUCUCUUCUUAGCGAAGGGAGUGGUCGUCGAACUGGAGGGCGAUUCCAACGAUUACGUGGGAAAAGGUCUGUCCGGAGGCGAAGUGAUUGUAUAUCCGCCCAAAGAUAUGCCCAAAGAGUUUAAAUCGGAAGACAAUAUAAUUGUCGGCAAUGUCUGCCUAUACGGCGCCACUUCUGGUAAGGCAUUCAUCAGAGGCGUCGCCGCCGAAAGAUUUUGUGUCCGAAAUUCUGGCGCAAUUGCAGUGAUAGAGGGUGUGGGCGAUCACGGGUGCGAAUACAUGACCGGUGGUGUUGUCAUCAUUCUGGGGACCACUGGCAGGAACUUUGCCGCCGGAAUGUCCGGUGGAAUCGCUUACGUCUAUGACAUUGACGGACGGUUUGACUCCAAAUGCAACCACGAAAUGGUCGAACUGUUGCCGUUGGAGAUUCCCGAAGACAUCGCUUUCUUUAAAGAUUUACUGAAAGAAUUUCAUGAGAAGACGGGAUCAGAAGUGGCCGAAGAGAUACUCAACAAUUUCGAUACAUUGAGACAAAAGAUUGUGAAAGUGUUUCCCAUUGAAUAUCAAAGAGCUCUCAAACAGAUGGCCGAAGAAUCCAAUGUAAAGGAGACAGUAGUGGAGGAGAAAGCGGUACAAAAGGUGAAUGAUAUCGAAGACUCGAUUCCCGAUCAAACAAAACUCGAUAAAAUGAGAGGUUUUAUGAAAUAUAAGCGAAUUAAAGGCUAUUAUAGAGAUGUUGGCAAACGAUCGAAGGACUGGAAUGAGAUCUUUGACCAUAAAUUUAUCAAAGAUAACGUGCGAACACAAGCCGCGAGAUGUAUGGAGUGUGGAGUUCCGUUCUGUCAGUCAUCGCACGGCUGUCCACUCGGAAACAUAAUCCCGCGUUGGAAUGAUCUCGUCUAUCAGGACGACUGGUAUGAGGCUAUGAAACAACUGCUUCAGACUAACAACUUUCCUGAGUUUACGGGACGUGUCUGUCCGGCUCCCUGUGAAGGCGCCUGUGUUUUGGGCAUUAAUGCUCCGGCGGUUGCCAUCAAAACCAUUGAGGUGUCAAUCAUUGAGACCGCCUUUGAAAAGGGUUGGAUUAAGGCGUCGCCGCCUAAGAUAAGGACCGGUAAGAAGAUUGCGGUAAUCGGUUCGGGACCGUCCGGUUUGGCCUGCGCUGAUCAGCUCAACAAAAGCGGACAUUCGGUGACUGUGUUCGAGAGGAAUGACAGAAUUGGAGGUCUUCUUCAGUACGGAAUCCCGACAAUGAAAUUAUCGAAAAAAGUAGUUCAAAGACGCGUUGAUUUGAUGUCCGAAGAAGGCAUUGAAUUUAAGACGAGUAUAAAUGUUGGCAAAGAUAUUACUGGCGACGAACUGUUGAAGGAAUUCAACGCUGUCUGCCUGACCACAGGCGCCACGUGGCCCCGGGAUCUGCCCAUUCCUGGCCGUCAACUCAACGGCAUUUACUUUGCGAUGACUUUUCUCGAGUCGUCGCAGAAACAGCUCUGGAAUUCAAAUAACAAUUUCCUUCAUUUGACGGCUAAAGACAAACGAGUGAUUGUUGUCGGCGGAGGCGAUACUGGAUGUGAUUGUAUCGGCACUUCUCUCAGACAAGGCGCGAAGAGUAUCGUGUCGUUUGAGAUCCUUCCGCGUCCGUCGGACACUAGAGAUGAGUCCAAUCCAUGGCCUCAAUGGCCGCGAAUCUAUCGAAAAGAUUACGGACACGAAGAGGUGGAACUGAAAUGGGGAUCAGAUCCCAGAAUAUUCGGGAUAAACAGCAAAGAAUUCCUCGACGACGGCAACGGAAACGUUACGGGAAUUCGUUCCGUAAAAGUCGAGUGGACUCAAGACAACGGCCGAUGGAAUAUGAAAGAAGUUCCCAAUUCUGAAGAGAUAUACGAGGCUGAUCUGAUCUUACUUGCGAUGGGAUUUCUGGGACCCGAGACUUAUUUGACGGAACAGUUAAGACUGACGAAAGACCAGCGCUCCAACAUAUUGACCAAAUCGGGCACUUAUAGGACACCGAUUCCCCGCAUAUACGCUGCGGGCGAUUGUCGUCGCGGACAGUCACUAGUGGUUCACGCCAUCAAUGAGGGCAGACAAGCGGCCCGAGAGAUCGACACUGACUUCCACAACGGUCUGUCCACACUUCCGGGUCCGGGAGGUGUCAUACCGUACCCGCCUAUUGGCACUAAACUAGUGGCCGGUUAAUAGGUCUUCACUGAAUACAUGAUCUGUCAUAUGAUUCCUUCAUUGAAUAUAUAAAUAUAUAUAGAGUUAAGUGAAUUCAUGAGACAAUUAAAUGUUUAAUUUGUAUUAAAUGUAAAUCUGGUCUAAAUAUGAAUAUUAGUGUCCAAUCAUUGAAACU